AUGAGAUAUCAACCGAGAUAUCUAGCGAGAUCGUCAGCGCAACAUCCAGCGAGAUCAUCAGCGCGUUGUCAUGCAAGAUAUCCAGUGAGACCGUCAGCGCGAUAUCCAGCGAAAUCAUCAGCGCGAUGUCAUGCAAGAUAUCCAGUGAGAUCACCAGCGCGAUAUCCAGCGAGAUCAUCAGCGCGAUGUCAUGCAAGAUAUCCAGUGAUACCGUCAGCGCGAUAUCCAGCGAGAUCAUCAGCGCGAUGUCAUGUAAGACAUCCAGUGAGACCAUCAGCAAGAUAUCCAGCGAGAUCAUCAGCGCGAUUGAGAUCAUUAGCACGAUGUCAUGCAAGAUAUCGAGUGAGACUGUCAGCGCGAUAUCCAGUGAGAUCAUCAGCGAGAUGUCAUGCAAGAUCUCCAGUGAGACCGUCAGCAAGAUAUCCAGCGAGAUCAUCAGCGCGAUGUCAUGCAAGAUAUCCAGUGAGACCGUCAACGAGAUAUAAACCGAGAUAUCUAGCGAGAUCGCCAGCGCGAUAUCCAGCAAGAUCAUCAGCGCGAUGUCAUGUAAGAUAUCCAGUGAGACCGUCAGUGCGAUAUCCAGCGAGAUCAGCAGCGCAAUGUCAUGCAAGAUAUCUAGCGAGAUCAUCAGCGCGAUGUCAUGCAAGAUAUCCAGUGAGACCGUCAACGAGAUAUCAACCGAGAUAUCUAGCGAGAUCGCCAGCGCGAUAUCCAGCGAGAUCAUCAGCGCGAUGUCAUGCAAGAUAUCCAGUGAGACCGUCAGCGCGAUAUCCAGCGAGAUCAUCAGCGCGAUGUCAUGUAAGAUAUCCAGUGAGACCGUCAGCGCGAUAUACAGGGAGACCAUCGAUGAGAUAUCAACUGAGAUAUCUAGCGAAAUCGUCAGCGCAAUAUCCAGCGAGAUCAUCAGCGCGAUGUCAUGCAAGAUAUCCAGUGAGACCAUAUCCAGCGAGAUCAUCAGCGCGAUGUCAUGCAAGAUAUCCAGUGAGAUCGCCAGCGCGAUAUCCAGCGAGAUCAUCAGCGCGAUGUCAUGCAAGAUAUCCAGUGAUACCGUCAGCGCGAUAUCCAGCGAGAUCAUCAGCGCGAUGUCAUGUAAGAUAUCCAGUGAGACCGUCAGCGCGAUAUCCAGUGAGAUCAUCAGCGCGAUGUCAUGCAAGAUAUCCAGUGAGACCAUCAGCAAGAUAUCCAGCGAGAUCAUCAGCGCGAUGUCAUGCAAGAUAUCCAGUGAGACCGUCAACGAGACAUAAACCGAGAUAUCUAGCGAGAUCGCCAGCGCGAUAUCCAGUGAGAUCAUUAGCACGAUGUCAUGCAAGAUCUCCAGUGAGACCGUCAGCGAGAUAUCCAGCGAGAUCAUCAGCUCGAUGUCAUGCAAGAUAUCCAGUGAGACCGUCAACGAGAUAUAAACCGAGAUAUCUAGCGAGAUCGCCAGCACGAUAUCCAGCGAGAUCAUCAGCGCGAUGUCAUGCAAGAUAUCCAGUGAGACCGUCAGUGCGAUAUCCAGCGAGAUCAGCAGCGCAAUGUCAUGCAAGAUAUCCAGCGAGAUCAUCAGCGCGAUGUCAUGCAAGAUAUCCAGUGAGACCGUCAACGAGACAUCAACCGAGAUAUCUAGCGAGAUCGCCAGCGCGAUAUCCAGCGAGAUCAUCAGCGCGAUGUCAUGCAAGAUAUCCAGUGAGACCGUCAGCGCGAUAUCCAGCGAGAUCAUCAGCGCGAUGUCAUGCAAGAUCUCCAGUGAGACCGUCAGCGAGAUAUCCAGCGAGAUCAUCAGCUCGAUGUCAUGCAAGAUAUCCAGUGAGACCGUCAACGAGAUAUAAACCGAGAUAUCUAGCGAGAUCGCCAGCACGAUAUCCAGCGAGAUCAUCAGCGCGAUGUCAUGCAAGAUAUCCAGUGAGACCGUCAGCGCGAUAUCCAGCGAGACCAUCAACGAAAUAUAAACCAAGAUAUCUAGCGAGAUCGCCAGCGCGAUAUCCAGCGAGAUCAUCAGCGCGUUGUCAUGCAAGAUAUCCAGUGAGACCGUCAGCGCGAUAUCCAGCGAAAUCAUCAGCGCGAUGUCAUGCAAGAUAUCCAGUGCGCGAUAUCAGCGAGAUCAUCCAGCGCGAUAUCAAGAUAUCCAGCGAGAUCAUCAGCGCGAUGUCAUGCAAGAUAUCCAGUGAUACCGUCAGCGCGAUAUCCAGCGAGAUCAUCAGCGCGAUGUCAUGCAAGAUAUCCAGUGAUACCGUCAGCGCGAUAUCCAGCGAGAUCAUCAGCGCGAUAUCAUGUAAGACAUCCAGUGAGACCAUCAGCAAGAUAUCCAGCGAGAUUAUCAGCGCGAUGUCAUGCAAGAUAUCCAGUGAGACCGUCAACGAGACAUAA